AUGACUUCAUCAAGCUCUAUACGCUUGUCAAAUGGGCAGCAAAUGCCAAAGACGUGUCGAAGCUCAUCGAUCUUUCUCAACUGGCUCCGUCAACAGAGUACUUUUUUGACCAGUUGGGAUUUGGGACUUAAACGAACUUUAACGGGUACUCGGGCGCUCAGUGCCCAACGCAGAUAUUCCCACGCCUUAGAAGUUUGCUCGAGGCCCGCCCACAAUUACCGUCAUAUACCUCUCCACCGCGACCGAUUCUGCCUCAAAGAACCCCUCCAAGUCAUCCACGACCUCAAUAUCUGCCUCACGGCCCGUAUGGUGUUUGAAGACACAUUACCGGCUCGUUUUGGUGACUAUUUAGUGAAAGACGGACGAAUUUACUUCACGGUGCCGCGAGAAUUCGAGGUUUCUGUGACGGUGGGAAACGAUACCAUUGUCGAGUCGGCGGAAGAUUACUACAAAUCGCCAUACUAUUUCAUUGAUUUCAAGUUUUUGUUUGGCGUAAGCUCAGAUGGUGACACUUUAAUUGAAGACGACUCGUCCGGACCGUCGCGAAUGUCUGACUCGAUUGCCCAUACCCUGCUCCCUCCCCCGGCACUAAGAAAACUCGAGCACGCUGCCAACGCUUCCUUACUUGCCCACGGCCUCGAGGGACUUUACAACCUUCUUCACCGCUACUCCGUUGCAUUCAAACUAUACCUUUUAUCCCGCCAACUCGCCCACUUGUGCACCAUCAGUAAAUGGAAGGGUUCUGUCCAGUACAAAUACUUUGAUGAUCGUCUGAUGCUCGUGAUCAACUACUGGUCUCAGCAGUACCUCUCCCGAAACUGGAGGUCUUUUAUCGAGUUGGGAGUUACUCGUUCUAACAGCUUGGGCCUUCGAUGGUUCCGCAACGGCCACUACCAAAACCACGAUAUCGAAGUUGCCGAUCGAGCAGGACCUUCUGGAGGGUCUGUGCUUAGCUUGGACAUGAUACUUAACGUGGUAGCCAAUCGCCAUACCGAAUCUCUCAUUAAGCAGAUAUACGAUCAACUCGUGGAUGUGGUUGGCACCGAAUCUUCUUCGGUAACUCUCUUUACUCCCCACCAACUUUUGCUUUCAGUUGCGCCAAAAACCCUGGCAUUAUUUGCACUCAAUCCUUUGACGGGACUCUUCUACUUUUGCGAACCUUCUCCACUCUACAGCAAAUGCGCCAACAGAGUCAAUGCACCUCCACCUUCUGCAAAAUCCAAGACUUUCGUAUCAGAAACAGACACCAUUUCGCAUGUCGUUGCUAGCAUAUUUCAACUUCGUCUCGAUACUUUCUCGCAACAAAUCCAUAACCGAUUGGUUACCACAGAAUGGAUCCACAACACCAUAAUCAAGUUGAGUGAAGUUGAGAUUGCGAAGUUGGGCCCAGGAAUCAUGAAACCAUUUGGUGGUUCUUCUACUACUAAAUCAUCGCAUUCCGCCUUGCAACGACUCCAUUUUUACCGGUGUAAAAACUGGCCAUCUUCGUGGUUUCUCAUCAUUUUGUGCAGCGGUACCUCGUUCAACACCUCGUGGUGGGUUACUCGUAUAAAGUCGGUGAGAGGAGACUGGCGGAUCCAAUGGCUGCGCAGCCUUGCCAGCAAUGCUUCGUCACAAAAACUAGACUACAACUUCUUCAGCAGCCUUUCUACUCGCUGUUCCAAUUUGAUUAUUGACCAUAUUGUCCACGAGGAAUUGGAGCAAAGAAAAGUUCGCUUUGUCAACGAUGUGGACGAGAGUAUUGGUGGACUCUCCAGUGACAAUGUCAAAACUGAACCUGGUAUCAAGCAAGAAACAGUCAAUCGUGGUACAUCUUCCUCCGAAUUGUACUCGCUGACUAUAGCGCUUUACAACGACGGAACUCUCUUGCCAAUUGCCAGUUCUUCCACCACCAUAUUUCUCAAAAUCACCUUAAUGCAUCACCACAAUUCCACCCACAUGAAGCUUCUUUUAAUGGGCGAACUCCGAGGAAUUGAGCUCUCAACCACCGGCGAACAAGGAUUGUCGAUUUUCCACAAAAAUGGCAAAAGGCAGUUUACGCUUACAGACUCUGUUGACCUCUCUGGAACCAUGAACAACAGUGCCACUUCGGCUGAAAGUAAGGUACUUUCCAACCUUUUCAACUCGCUCAACAAACUCAAACAAUCCAUCAUUCUGGUGACGAUUCUCAACGAAUGGAACAUUGAGAUUGUCGACUAUUCGGCCGACGGCAUCUCUGUCCAUAUUGACGAUAUUUUCGGUGUGUUGAAAAUCAAGCUCCCACAAAGCGAUACCGGAGCUGCGGAAAUGCAGAGGGUGCCCAGCUUCAAAACUGUUUCCAGUGGUAUCGAGGCGGAAAUCCAGCUUGUGCUCACGUUUAUCAAUCAGUAUCUUUCCCAUCCAAAAGAUAGUUGCAUUGUUGGGCUUGUCCAGUAUCUUCGUUGCAUAGCGCCAGUAUUCCGAGCAAUUUCCACCGUCAAGAAAUCCAUGGUGGAAUUGGAUAAAGUUCCCGAGAGUAGGCUCGUGAAUAAUGUGCGUCGACUUGACUUUGAUGUCAAAUUCCGCGAGUUGAACUAUAUUCAAUUUGUGUUUUACAUCAAGUAUACUAGUGCCAAUGCGCCCAAGCGAAUCUUGAAGGACAAAAUUGUCAUUUGUCUUUGUUUCCGAGUCAACAAAUUUGCCAAGCGCCAGCUUUACUUGAAGAUGUCCUUGAGGGACAAUGCCAACCACAAGAAUUUGAAACACAAAAAACUUUUUGAAAUGAUAUUUCGAGCCAUCAACGACUUUGAGGUGUCGGAGAACUUGAAGCGGGCAGAAUUGGUCAAGCUUAAUUAUGAAUUUUUGGUGGACUACAAGUUGGCUGACAAGCUUCUCACCGCAGUUCUGCAGUGUUUUCCACGCUACGUCAAGGAUAUGAGAGAUAUAGACCGAUAG